GAUUUAUGCAUUUGUUUAAUAAAUUCAUCCAGUGUCAUAAAGCACCGAACAACUUGACGCUUAGAUAUGUCAAAUAACUUUGUUCGUCAUAUGUGAGCACUCUACUAUAUCGGCAGGUGUCACCCAGUGUGGAGCUCGCUUGAUCUAUGCAUGUAUGCCGUAGCUCACCUCUCUGAAAAAUGGUUUCGUCAGAGCAUUUUCGACCAUCACUGAAAAUAUUUGCAUAGCUUUGAAUUUGAAUUUUAGGAUUUGAAAGUCUACGUAAAUGUGAAGUGAUGACAGCCACGCUCCAAAGUGAUCAUUACUCGAUCCCCAAAUCUGCUCCGUGGAAGUGCUCCAUUAUUCAUGAGAAUCCAAAGCCAUAAAUACUCUUGUGCUUGGUACAUCAAAUUCAGUCAGUCUCGCCUUCUUCACAUCUUCACAUCUUCACCAAAAAGUUUCAAUUCUGAAGAUUUUCAAAUUUCCGAAAUUAAAUAUUUCAAGUUCAAUUUCAAAGUCGUAUUAGACUAAUAAUUUCAAGGAAUCAACAUGAGUCUCAUCACGUCUAUUCUCGCUUUGUUUACUGCCCUUAUUGCAUUGGCACAUCUUUUCAAGCCCAAAAAAGAAUCAGGCACGACUGAGGCACCUGGACCCAGACCAUGGCCCAUUGUUGGAAAUCUCCCAUACAUUGGAAAGUUUCACGACUUAAUAGAAGCCUUCAAAAACCUAAAACAAGAAUAUGGUUCAGUAGCAUCCAUUAAAUUGGGGGUCCACAAUGCAGUCGUAAUUUGUGGUUUAUCAAACUUUCGUGAAGUCCUCAUAGAAAAAGGCAACUUGUUCGAUGCUCGGGCUGCGUUUAAACGUUAUGAUCUUUUAUUUGGUGGAGAUAAAAAUAACUCAUUAGCAUUUGCUGAUGGUAGCGACUCUCACUCCAAGCACCGAAAUGCCAUUGCAUUCCACACAUUUGCAAAGAAUGGUUCCAACAACUUUGAAAAUUUGGAAAAUAUCACAUCCCAACAUGUUUACAGUCUCGUUGAAAACAUGAAAUCACAACUUCAGUCCGACCAGAAACUUGACGCAAAAUUCCUCUUUGCUGAAACCAUUGCAACCAUAUUUGUCAAGUACUUCACCAAUCAAGACGUGGACCCUUGUGACGAGGUGUUUCAAAACAUGAUUUCAUCUUUCGACGCCGUUUUCCAAGAAGUGAACGAAGGAUGUAUUGGCGAUGUUCUUCCUUUUCUGAUGCCAUUCAUCAACAAGUCAGAGUUUGUGGAGCUAACUCGAAAAGUCAGAGCCUUUUCAAACCAAUGUUUUGACCCGGUCAUUAGGCAACGAGUUGGGGGAGAGGUUCUCGAUCAAAAUAACAAUAAACAAAAGAUUCAGCCAGUCAAAGAAUCCAAUGUCAUAAAUGAUUUGCUGGAAACUGUGGAGAACAAUCCCGAAAUGACAUUGGAACAUGUCAUUUUCGCUUUCGAAGAUAUCAUAGGAGGUCACAGUGCUGUAUCCAAUUCGUUGAUUAGAAUCAUCCUGGAGCUUGCAAAAAAUCCUGAAGUCCAAAAAAAUAUCCGGGAAGAAAUCAGAGAACAUGCUGCCGGAUUUCCAACCAUGUCCGACAGACUGACCUACUUGGAAGCGAGCAUUUGGGAAGCUUUUCGUUUCAUUUCAUCUCCAAUUGUUCCUCAUGUUGCCACUCAAGAUACCACAAUUAACGAUUACACCGUCAAAAAGGAUACUGUUGUCUUCUUUAAUAACUUGGACAUGAACUUCUCUCCAGAACUGUGGGAAUCUCCAGACAAAUUUUUACCUGAACGCUUUAUCACUUCUGACGGUCGUAUCUCCAAACCCGAUUAUUUUCUUCCGUUCUCCAGCGGAAAACGUAGCUGUCUUGGGUACAAAAUGGCAAUCAAUGUCACCAAAGUAAUCCUUGCCAACUUAUUACAAAAUUUUGAAAUCGAAAUUGACCCAUCCAGCAAUUACACUAUGGAGAGGGGAGUAAUUGCUGUAGGAAAGAAUAAGUCACUCCCAUUCGUUUAUAAGCCAGUGGUGGAGUAAAUUGGAAUUCGCAAAUUAAUUCCUAAAAAGUAAUAAGUCAUUAUUUGCAAAUGCAGAGUAUUAUAUGCACUUAGGUGAGGUUUUUAUUUUAUAUGCACUAACAUAUUUACCACGUAACUCAAGUGACUAACUCAAGUGACUUUAUUAUCCGACUGACUAUAGUUAUGUAACUGAUAAAAGACUUUAUUUAAAAAAUUCUUACUAGUACGUAAUAUUACUCAAAAAGCUGUAAAAUUAAUCUGUAAAUAUUUAUUUCUAAUCGUAAGUAAUGGAUGCCUAAAGUACGAUAUUGAAUAAAAGUAUAAGAAUUA